AGAUAGAUAGAUAGAUAGAUAGAUAGAUAGAUAGAUAGAUAGAUAGAUAGAUAGAUAGAUAGAUAGAUAGAUAGAAGGCUGUUUCUCAGGGUGCACAAACGUGGUCAUUUUCUCAGACAGCACAUCUUCAUUAGCCUUCGGAUGAACAUUUUUUUUCCUCCAAAUUAUCCCAUUACGUCUGACAUAAACAAUCCAAAGUGCCGCCUCCCAUUGGCUGGCCGCAGGGUCAUGUGACCCCCGCGGCCGUCCGUCUAUUUGACAGCCGCAGGAUGGCUUGAUGCCAGAGGGGGGAAAGAGAGACGGAGAGAGGGGAUAGAAAGAAAAAUUAGUAUUCUCCUACCAGCCUCACUAUAAAUCAAUCAUGGAGUCCUACGUGGUGAGCUGUAUAUAUGCUGAGCCGCAGUUCCCGCCUUGUGAAGAAGAUUACAGUAAUUUUACUGACCAAGGGGGGUAUUACAGCAGCCCCCAGGAUAGUGGUAGUUACGGAGGGGGCUAUCAGCCAAUGCAGCCCCCUCUGUCUGCGUACGCAUCACAACAAACCGGCUACCAACCCUCUGUGCAGGGCCACCAGCGCGAGGAUGGAGAGGACCAGUCGCAGCAUCAGAGCGCCGACUACCCCGGGUUCAGGGAGGCGGAGGCGCCCGGGAAGGAGAGGUUUCCGGCGGGGGAGCUGGGCUGCCACCAGGCCUGGAUGACCUGCAGCGCGAAGCCCGCUCAGGUGCAGAGGAAGGCGGCCUGCCUGGGCAAAGACAAGCCGCCCAUUGUUGUCUACCCCUGGAUGAAGAAAGUGCACGUUGCGCAUGUCAAUCCGAACCACGUGGGCCCGGAGCCGAAGCGCCUGCGGACGGCCUACACGCGCCAGCAGGUCCUGGAGCUGGAGAAGGAGUUCCACUUCAGCCGCUACCUCACGCGCCGCCGCCGGGUCGAGGUGGCCCACGCGCUCUGCCUGUCCGAGCGGCAGGUGAAGGUGUGGUUCCAGAACCGGCGCAUGCGCUGGAAGAAAGACAACAAGCUGCCGAACACCAAAGGCAGGAGCAAAAACAAGAAAGCGACGGACAACAACAACAACAACAACAGCAGCAGCAGCAGCGACACGGCGAAGGAGGCGAUAAGUGUCUAAAAAAAAAUGAACAAAAACUAUUGGGAGCAGAAAAUGGCCGCCAAAGUCAAAUUGACUUCAAAACUGAGGUUGCGGGUUAAGAUGGCCGCAGCCCUGAAGCAAAUUGUAAUGCUUUCAAAUUCAAGCUUUUUGAAUCCUUUCACGUAUUGUUCAUUAUGCUUUUAUUUUUGAAGGAUUCCAGACGCUCUUUACAGGUUGAAUCGGAGGCUGCAUCAAUUUCCGGUCUCAUCUUUAAUUAAUCCAUGAAUGUAUUGCAGGUUUUGGUAACCUCACAGUCAGACUGUCAGCUCUCUGGUACAAAAACAAACAUUCAACAUGGCACUGUUUGUUUAAAAAAAAGGAGAGAGAGAGAGAGAGACGUGUGUUUUUGGAGAAAACAGGGUUUUAUUUCUACAGGGUAAACAUAUAUUACAGGGUUUUGUACCUAAAAACUAGACUAAUUUAUGAAUAUGCACGUUACCAAAAUGUUCCACAAACUGGCGCUUAGAAGAAGCAGCAGAAAGACCAAACGGCGCAGCCUCACGUGAAGAAUAAAUAGUUCGAUAAAUGUUUAAACAUUUUGUAGGAAAGUAGCCAUAUUGUGCGUUUUUUAACGUUCUUAAAAUUGAGGUUGAUUCAUUUGUAGGCACGGUUAUAUAUUUUAAAAAACAGCCAAAUUAGGAACAGAAAAAUGCACAAUAUUCAGAUGAUUGUCUCAGGGUUACAGGGUUUUUAUGAGAAACAUUUCCUCAAAUGUUUGGUUUUGGUUAAUUAGCUUUUUAUGUUUAUGUUGCAUAAAAAAUGUUUAAAUUCCAGUUUAAUAUGCUAUUCAAGCCUUCAUUACAGUACUUAUUUUGUAUUAUUUAGAAGCAUAUUUUAUUCAACUCUGUUUUUGUAUUAUAUAUAUGUGUGUUCACUUUCUUAAAAGGACAAAACUACUUUUUGGUAAAUGUUUUGAUAAUUAGUGUGGGAAAAGAAUAAAACCGUUUUAAACAAUAAAA